AUGGAGGCCGCAUACAGAUUGGGCCUGAUUUACUUCUACUGCCUGGGGGCCACCCACCGCACUGAGGGCAUUCAGUUGCUCAACCGGGCCGCGGUCGCCGACCAUCCUGCAGCCGUCUACGCCAUUGCCGUCAUUCACUUCAACGGCAGCGGGGGGGCACGUGAGGACAAGGACCUCGUCUCGGGAGUGACUCUGUGCGCGAGAGCCGCGCUGCUGGGACACCUGGACGCGGUCAGAGAGCUAGGACACUGCCUACAGCACGGUUACGGGCUGAUCCAGGACGUCCCCGCCGGCCGCAAGCUCCUGCAGCUGCUCGAGAACGGCGACCACGCGGCCGCGACCGAGAAGGCGAUGGAGGCCCUCGUCAACAGCAUGAAGCAGCCGCAAGCCCUGAAGUUUCGUGCACGUGACCACUACCAUCCACAGCCCGGAGACUCGCCCCGGCCCAACAGGCGGCCGCGCUUCAUUCCCCGGCCGACCAACAUGGGCGUGGCGAGCCCCCGGAAGGCGACCGUGGAGGAGGGGAGAUCGGACGGCGGGGAAGGAAAGGUGCCCACGAUCGUGGCGCAGGUCAGCCAGGCCACGAAGCGCGCGCGCGUGGAGGCAGAGAAAGCGAUCGCGGCUUUUCGAGUGGCGAGGCAAGAGGCGGAGAGGAGGAAGGGGCUGGAGUCCCCGAGCGGGAAGAAGAGUCCAAGGGGGAGGGAGGGCAGGAGGCGCGACGUCGGCGCGCAGGGUUUGGAGGGUUUGGACGGCGACAGCUCGACCGCGUUCAUGGUGAACUGGUUCAAAAAGGCGGCGCGAGUGGUGCCGGGGGGAGCCCCCGGCCUGAGGCUGUGCUCGCACGAGCACUGCGGGCGGGUGGAGACGCGGCGGCACGAGUUCAGGAGGUGCAGCGCAUGUGGGAGCGUCAACUACUGCUCAACAGUCUGUCAGGAGAGAGACUGGAAGGCGCGCCACAGAAAGGAGUGCACCCGUCUCGCGGCGCAAAAUGUGGACGAGGAGGAAGAGGACGAAGAUAUGGACGGGGAUGAUGAUCAAGACGAGAACGAUGACGUAGAUGGAGAGGAGGACGAAUGGGAUGCAGACGAUAUCGACGAGGAAGAUGCCGCUCUCUUUGGAUUUUGA